CUCUCGGCCACCGUCGUCGCUUGCGUCAGGGCGAGCGCAGCCAUGGCGACCGGGGGACCCCGGAAGAAGCAGCGCCGCGGGGACGGUGAUCCGCGGGGGGCCCUGAGCGGGGUCCCUGACGCCCUCCCGGCCUUCCUGCGCUGGUGCGCGGACGGGGGCCUGGAGCUGAGCCCCAAGAUCUGUGUGAGCAGAGAAGGCACGGUGGCCGAUUACGGCCUGGUGGCCAGCGAGGACCUUGAAGCCGGAGAAGUCCUUUUCACUGUCCCAAGAACUCUGCUGCUCUCGCAACACACAAGCCCCAUCGCUUCCCUGCUGGAGAAAGAACAAAGCUCCCUGGAGAGUCAGUCUGGCUGGGUUCCCCUCCUGCUUUCUCUGCUACAUGAAUCCACAGACAGCAGUUCCUUCUGGAGGCCUUAUUUCUCCCUCUGGCCCAACUUCACGGGUCUGGAUCACCCCAUGUUUUGGAGCAGUGAAGAGCGGAUGAGGCUGCUGCGAGGGACGGGGAUCCCAGAAGCAGUAGACAAGGAUUUGGCCAGCAUCCAGGUGGAAUAUGCCUCUAUCAUCCUGCCCUUCAUGAAGGCCCACCCCGAAACCUUCAACCCACAGGUGCACACACUGGAGCUCUACAAGAGGCUGGUGGCAUUUGUCAUGGCCUAUAGUUUCCAGGAACCUUUAGAUGAAGAAGAGGAAGAUGAGAAGGAGCCCAACCCCCCUGUGAUGGUCCCCCUGGCAGACCUCUUGAAUCAUGUGGCCAACCACAAUGCCAACUUGGAAUAUUCCCCGGAAUUCUUGCAAAUGGUCACAACUCAGCCUGUCCGUAAGGGCCAAGAGGUCUUCAACACCUACGGACAAAUGGCAAACUGGCAGCUGCUUCACAUGUAUGGCUUUGCUGAGCCGUAUCCUGGCAACACAAAUGACACUGCUGACAUCCAGAUGCUGACUUUGUUCAGAGCUGCACUGCAAGCUGCAAGGACAGAAGCCGAACGGCAGCUGGUCUCGGAGCAAUGGGACUUCCUUUGCCAGCUGGAGAUGGUGGGUGAGGAAGGAGCCUUUGUGAUUGGUUGGGAGAGCAUUUUUACAGAAGAAGAGCUCUUCACAGCAUUGAAGGUGCUCAGCAUGUCAGCAGAAGAAUUCAAAGAGUUUAAAGAUCAACAGGUAGAAGUGGGCACGGAAGGCACCGAUCCACCACUGCUGUCCGUUGCUGUCAUCCCUAAUCUGAAAGCCUCCUGGAAAAAACUUCUCUGUGGGGCCACACGGCUGACCCUGAAAUCCUAUGACACAGACCUGAAAGAGGAGGAAGACCUGCUUAAGGACCUGCAGGCUUAUUCGCGGCUUAGCCGCACAGAACAGUUUGCCCUGCAAGUGCGCUACGGGCAGAAGAAGGUCUUGCACCAGUUGCUUGAGCUGGCCAGGUAGCAGCAGCUCAGCCUGUUGGGAGCUACUGGUGUCCUUGAGGGGUAGGAUGGGGGAAGCUACCAGGACACGUGCAGGAACCAGUGUUGGAGGGUAGUUUUGUGUCAGACCUGGCUUCAACCAGCACCACCCUGGCCAUGAAGUUCACCAGGUGCUCUGGGACACUCGCUCUUGGCCUAAUCCCCCUCACAGGGUUACUGUCCGCUCCUCCGAGGACACACGGGAUAGAAAUGUAAUAAAGCUAUACUAACAGA